AUGGAUUCUGGGGGAGACAAGCUCGUGACAUCCAAAACAACACGGAAGCGAAAAUGCUCUCGAGUUUUCAAAAUCGCCACAUACAACGUUAGAAGCUUAUCAACGGAGGAGAAACUAUUGGAACUUCAAGAAGUAUUAGAUAAAGUUAAUUGGGACUUUAUUGGAAUGAGCGAAAUUAGAAGACAAGGCGAAGCAUGGACUACACUCAAGUCAGGACACAUUCUCUACCAUAUAGACGAAACGGACAACUCAAUAGGUGGUGUAGGCUUCUUGAUAAAUAAAAAGCAUGCUUCAGAUAUUUUAAGCAUCGCAAGUGUUUCCAAGCGCGUAGCAUACGUAAUAUUCCGCCUAAACAGUAGACUUAAAAUGAAAAUUAUCCAAGCCUAUGCACCAACAUGUACAGCCGAAGAAGACGAAAUAGACCAAUUUUACGAGGACAUCGAUAGGGCAAUUACAGUUCCUGGAUGUAUUCAUCCUUUCUUAUAG